AGUCGCGGAUAGGCGCGUUUCGUCGCCGGACGCCUCUUCCUUGCCAUUUCUAUAUCCCUGGUACAUUACCGUACUCUUCACUGGAAUGAAUAUGAAUUAAAAAAACGGAUUUUGGUGUGUGUGUGUGAUUCACAGUCUCCUAUACCGGAUUUUAGCGACUGAGGAUUUUGUUACUGGUGGAAUAAAAAAAAAUAAGAUAACAUUAUCAACUGACCAGCCUAUGUUUAUGCGGUGAACCAAUCGGCCGAACCCCUUCGGUCGCAGUUUCCCCCCGCCGCCAAAACGCUGCCGUCAUGACGUUGCACUGGUGGAUGCACUGGUUCUGGGUGACGACGCUGCUCGUAGCUGUUGGCAGCGCAAACACCUUUGCUGCACCGCAAUCUGAAGAGCUGCAGCACCUAACCACAGAUAUGAUCGAACCCCCCGCGCCGUCCGAGAGACAAGGCCGAGCCAUGUACUUCACUAAAGCCCCACUCAACAUCGCAAAACCUCCAACCAACCAAACAGACACUAACCUUACUAGAACUGACGUGACCAAUGUAAACACGACUGCGAAUAAUACAACAAUCGAUAUUGUCCAUCCCACGAUACAAUGGACACAAGUGAAUACCAACGUGACAGACAUAAAGAAUUCUUCGGACCUUCCAAUUGUGACGGACAGCAGAAAUGUGUCAGUGAUCCCCGUGAUCGCAAACCUGACGGAUGCUGAGAAUACGACGAUAGUUAUAAAGAAAGUUAAUCUGACAAAGCAAGAUUUUGUCAAAGAGGACAGCGCAGAUGGAGUGUCUGAGAGUAGAAUAGUGACGGAGAAGCCUCUGUCGCUCGAAACGGCGUUCGUCCAGACGAGGAUCCCGCCUAACAUAGAAUCUUCUAGAAUGGUGGUGGACCACGGUGAUGGUGGGAUGGACACUGGGGCAAUCGCGGGGAUUUCGUUCGCGGCUCUGGUGCUCGGGGCCCUGGCCGGGAGUACAGCCUUCGUCCUGUAUCGCAGGCGGUACUUGAACAAGCCCCAGACUUUGAACGACAAAUGCUCAAACCCCGAUUCCAGUGGGUAUCUUGAUGACAGCACUAUCAGGGAUAAUUCCGAGGAGAUGUACAGCCUCGACAACGAUUCCUUCCUGAACUCUUUGGAAGCCAUGACGAUACAGAACUAUUGGACUGACACGGUGAAACACACCAAGCUAUAACUUGUUUUGACGACUGUACGUUCAUAUCUCGACUUCGUGUAACAAAGUGCUCAGAGACUGUUUUCCAAAUAUUUAUAUGCCACCAAUUAUAAUGUAAAUUUGAUAUGUCAACGUUAAUAGAUAAAAUAUUUAAAUUUUUUUUGCGAAAUAAAUAUCUCUUUUGUUUGCAAUAACCAAAGAAAUGUUAACAAAAUUUCACAAAAAAAAUUAAAAAUAUUGUUUCAAAUUCAGAAUCACAGAAAAAACAAAAAUAGUUUGUAUAGUUGGCUAGUCUAAACAUUCUUCGUUGAUUUGGAGCAUUAGACUUUAUAUAAAAACUUUUUUUUUUAUAUAACGCAACUUGUCUAUAUAUUUUUGAUUUAAAUAAUGUCCCCUGACUUUGCAGUGAAACACAUGACAAUGAAAAACUAUUAUUACCUAUCAUAUUCAAUAAUAAAAGAAGAAAAAA